AGUGCCGUCGCUCGCCCGACCACCAAUGUCCGCGCCUGCCCAGGGCAAAAUCUAGCCGCCGACAUAACGAUCCCUUUGGUCUUGCGUCGGAGAAGAGGGAAGGAGAGGUCAAGAGGUGGUACAAGAUUCGCGGAUGCAGUAGAAAAAGUGGUGGUCGCGCCGAGCGAGGGACUGUUUCGCGAGGAGGACAGAUUCGGGUGUGGUGUCGAGCGCGAGAGAGGGCAGCGUCGCGAAACGAAUGACCAGUCGUUGGAUAUCUGUUGGGAAUACUUCUAG